GAAAAAAACCCAAAAAAAAUCUGAAAUAAAUCUCCAAACUCCAUUAUUUUUUUCGAAUUCUCACAGCAAUACAGUACACAAAAUCCAACCGCCAAUUCUUCUGGGCAUGGCUUGUUCGGCUCGGCUCCAGCCGAUAUUCUACUCGUUCUCUUACAGAAGCUGCCGGUCGAAUAUUCCCGCCAUCUUCCAAAGGUUCACCGGUUUAUCCUCAACCCGCCAGUUCGGCCGGAUUUCCGUCAUGAAGCGAUUGAAACCUCCAGUUGUUCCGGUCAUUGCCCAGGCCAAACGAAGCUCUUCUCCUAAAGAAUAUGAAGUCGCUACUUCUGCUGAUAUUCAAUUUGAGGCACCGCUAAGAAUCGUGGAAUAUCCAGACCCCAUACUGAGAGCGAAGAACAAGCGGAUAGAAACCUUUGACGAUAAUUUGAAGACUUUAGUUAGUGAAAUGUUCGACGUAAUGUACAAAACUGAUGGCAUUGGGCUCUCAGCUCCCCAAGUUGGAAUGAAUGUUCAGCUUAUGGUGUUUAAUCCAGUUGGUGAACGUGGUGAAGGAGAAGAAAUUGUUCUUGUAAAUCCCAGAGUUAACAAAUCUUCGAAGAAAACGGUGCUUUUUAAUGAAGGUUGCUUGUCCUUCCCGGGAAUUUAUGCCGAUGUUAGGAGGCCAGAAUCGGUAAAGAUUGAUGCAAGGGACAUUAAUGGUGCAAGAUUUUCAGUCAAUCUUUCUGGUCUUCCUGCAAGGGUUUUCCAACAUGAAUUCGAUCAUUUAGAGGGUGUGCUCUUCUUUGAUAGAAUGACUGAAGAAGUUCUUAGCAGUAUAAGUACACAAUUGCAGGCCCUGGAAAAAAAGUACGAGGAAAGGACAGGUUUGCCAAGUCCUGAAAAGGUCGAAGUCGAACCCCGCCAAAUCAGGAAGGCUGCUGUUGGUUUUGGAAAAUUAUCAUGAUUCACUAUUCCUUUGAAACGGUUUAACAUGUUCUAGCUUCUAGGUCCUGGAGUUGUUCUGAGGGCUGAUGAUGCUCAAAAACUGUAGCGAAUCACAUUUUUCCACAUAACGAUAGAGGUCGAAGCAGCUUCACAUGUCUUCACAUCUUUAGGAAGAGCAACACCACAAAUGUAAUAGGUCAAAUACAUCGAACUGUGUUCAAUAUUGAGAGGAACUUGUUGAGGAGCAAGAUUUGUACUAUUUUUAGACACCUUUUUAAUGCACCAUGUCCUAAUCAUUCUAUAGGUUGUAGAAACAUAAAACCUUAUAUCAUAUGUAUACACUAAUUAUUAAAAGUUUCUGUGCAUGUUUACUUUCA